AUGGCUCGGUACCUUACUCCAGCUAAGAUCGGGCUGCUAGCCCUCAUCGAGCUCUACACAGAGGAUGCAGUCCCCAGCGACGCCAUCCACCCAGUCCUGUCCUUCAUCACCUCACAUCUGCUGGACCGCGACCCUAGCAUGGCAGCGUUGACGCGGACAGACCGAUGGGGAAAGGUUGAGAGGACGGUCGGUCUGAUCAUCGACAUCAAGGAUUUCGAGAAGCUCCUGGGCAGCUACCCCUUCCUCCUGGGCGUUCCGGGCAGGCGCCUAUGGGACCAGUUCCUCGUCAAGCUGUGGGACAUCAACUCGCUCGACGCCAUGCACACAUUCAUCGAGAACCUGUCCAACAUGCUGGCCAAGUCCAAGCUGGAGCUCCGCAGGGAGGCUGGUGGACGGUCACCUGAGCCGGAACCGGGCAUCAGGCUGACCAAGAACUCCCUGUUCGGCGCCUUCAUCCGGAGGUCCAAGGUCGAGCUGGACAGGCUGCGGUGGAACGAUACGACGGACCUGUGGAGGGAUUUUGUGCGGUACCGCCAACCGACCGCUCAGUACUUGAAACGGAGGAAGCCCGGAUUCAGCCGCCUAAGCUUCGACAACGUUCUUCUCGUUGGCGAGCAGGAGGGCUGGGACGCCGAGGGCGUCUCGGCUCUCGCGUCGGUGGCCUACGGUGAUAUGCUGUCCGGUGAUCAGACGGGUACUCUGCCCGUCAGCACGGACGAUAUUGAAUCUCUACUGGAGUUCCAGAUCGACCAGAUUCAGAGAUACGGGAGCAGGGUGCCCCUAGAGAUCCGAAACCAGUUUCACGAUUUGCUCCAUGACAGCUUCGUCGUGCCGAGUCUGACGCAUUACCUUCACUACUUAGAUGCCUGGAGAGCCGGCGACUACUCGACGGCCUUCGACCUACUCCACCGAUACUUUGACUACACCAUGCAGAGCCGGGAUAGGCUCUUCUACCAAUAUGCACUCAUCAACAUGGCCUCCCUUCAGGCCGAGUUUGGCUGCUACAAGGAAGCUGUGGGAGCCAUGCUCGAGUCAGUGACGACGGCACGGGAGAAUCGCGACAUGACAAGUCUCAACUUUGCCUUGAACUGGCUCUUCCACUUUGAUCGAGCACACCCGGAUCUCGUACGCGAUCUUGAAACUAACAGCUUGCUUGGAACGGGUAAGGAAAGCCUGGCCUUCCUCCGUGUCAAGGCCAAGGAAACGCGGAUGUGGCCUCUGUGGAGCGCUGUCUUGCUCAGUGAGGCCAAAAUGGGGCUCUCCAACGGCGACAGCAUCCCGACAGCCAUGGAGUACAUAGUACGCAGUUCGCAGAUCGUCAUUGACAAGAAUAUGAAGGGCCUCUUUGGUGCACAGCUCUCGUUGAGCGCGGCGCUCUGGAGCAGACUUGGCCUGACGCACAUGUCCGCUAUGACCAGCGAGGUCUUCCUGCGGUGCCACACCCAUGAAGCGAACUUUGACGAUGAGUUGAAGCUCACUUGCCGUCUUGCGCUGAUGCUCUCGAGCAAGGGCCAUUACGAGGCGGCUCUUGGACGCCUCGACAGCCUUGAUGAGAACUCACUGAGGUACUGGAAGGCCAGUCAAUACUGGUACAAGUGUAGGGGUAUCGUUAAGCUCCAACGAGACCUGCGGCACAACAACCUCGACGGUGCAGAGCAGCUUCUCGACCAGCUACUGCAAUCGAAGCACGACGACACAGAACCCGACGCUGCUUACCAUAUCGACUUUCUCCACCUGGAAUGCCUCACACGACGCGGUGAUCUGCAGACAGCCUUUGAGAAGGUGGCGACCAUGCUGGCCAAGCAGCAACGGGACAACAAGGACAUCGCUCUCAGAGUCAGGCUGCUCCUGUGGAAGGUCUGCCUACUGGACCGGGCCGGUCGUCCCCAGCGGGGAUUCUCCGUCGCCAUCAAGGCAACUAGCAUAGCCUGGCGUGCACGGCUGAUGCCGUACCUCUGGCAGUCGACGGGGGCCCUGUCAAACAUACUGGUGUCCUUGGGCGAAUUCGACGCGGCCUGCCAACUCCUCGUCGCCACCAUCCCCAGGGCCCUGGAGUGCGAGGCGCCUGAUGUCGUGGGCCAGCUGUACUCGUACCUGGCCGACGCCAACAUGGGUUUGGCGGGCAAUAUGGAGCCCAAAUCGAUGAAGCGCACCGAGUACAUGACGGCUGCCCUGGCUGCGGUCAAUAAGGCAUUCGACCACUAUUCGUCCAUCGAGGAUAUCAACCUCCAGUGCGAGAUGAUGGCCAAGAAGGCCAUGAUUAUGAAGCUGUCGGGGGAUAUGGUGUUGGCGUCCAACUAUGCUGCCGCGUAUGUAUCUCUACGGAAAACUGCAGAGUCGCUGAGCCUGGGACCAUGA